UGAUCAACACGUUACAGAAUCCACCAUCGAAAUCACCAUCAAACUCUGCAAUUUCACUCCCUUUCCUUUUUCAUCUUUGUGGAAAGAAAGCCACUUCUGUAGACAGAGGUGGAAUCUUUCCAUUUCUUUGUCUCAUGUGUAAACCCUUGACCUCUUCCUUCGAAAUUCAGAUCUAAUUCGGUUUAUUUUCAUCUGGGUAUCUUUCCAAUUUGCCAACUCUUUGAUGAAUUUACGUGGGUAUUCAUGGUGAGGAUGGGAUCGAAUGAUAAUCUGGAAAAUGUCGUUGGGAAUACAAACCCGUUUUCGAGAGGAGGCGGUGCGACCCGGUCUUGGGGCACUACGGCGUCGGGUCAAUCCGUUUCCACAAGUGGCAGUGUCGGGUCGCCGUCGACCCGGAGUGAGGCGGCAAUGGCCGCGACUCCUGCUAGUGAAAAUACGUUCUUGAGGUUGAAUCACCUUGAUAUCCACGCUGAUGAUGCUGGAUCUCAAGGGGCUGCUGGCAAUAAAAAGAAGAGACGAGGUCAACGUACAACUGCAGGGGAUAAAGGUGGUAGAGGACUCCGCCAGUUUAGCAUGAAAGUCUGUGAAAAAGUGGAAAGCAAGGGAAGAACCACUUAUAAUGAGGUUGCCGAUGAACUUGUAGCUGAAUUUGCAGAUCCCAGCAAUACCGAUCAAACUCCUGACCAGCAACAAUACGACGAGAAGAAUAUCCGUCGACGGGUAUAUGACGCAUUAAACGUUCUCAUGGCUAUGGAUAUCAUUUCUAAAGAUAAAAAGGAAAUACAGUGGCGAGGUUUGCCUCGAACUAGUUUGAAUGAUAUCGAAGAGCUAAAGAGCGAGCGUCUUGCACUCAAGAACAGAAUUGACAAGAAAACUGCUUAUUUGCGAGAACUGGAAGAUCAACAUGUAGGUCUUCAAAACCUUGUACGACGGAACGAGCAGUUAUAUGGCUCCGGAAAUGCUCCAACUGGUGGAGUGGCUUUACCUUUUAUUCUGGUUCAGACUCGGCCUCAUGCGACUGUGGAGGUUGAAAUUUCAGAAGAUAUGCAGCUAGUUCAUUUCGACUUCAACAGCACACCGUUCGAGCUACAUGAUGACAAUUACGUCCUGAAGGCCAUGAAGUUUUGUGAUGGAUCAAACAAUAAUAAUGUUUGUAGAGAAGGAGGUGGUGCAGGGUCCAGCAUGUUUGAGGGUCGAGUCCCUUUGCCGCCACCACCGCAGCCGCCAAGGUCCACCAUGGCACACGGCAGACCUCCGCCCUCACCUCCACUUCCGGGCAUACUAAAGGGACGUGUUAAGCAUGAGCAUUAGUCGAUUCAUCAAGUACAACCUGACUCUGCUAUAUCUGUAUAUUGUGUAAGCAUAUUGUGGUUGAACUUUGGUAACUUCAUUUGCUUUGCAUACAUAAUACUUUUUUGUAUUUGAUUUUAUGGUAAUUUAUU